CUUUGCUCACAGCCUCCGGUGAGAUUUCGAAAGAAGCUUCUCUCCGACUUUUCAUUCCGGCGGGACUUUCGAAACUUCCCGAUCGUGUACUAUCGUCUCUUCCAUUUUGCCUUUUACAUUGGCUAUUCAAGGUGGCUUGAUUUAGUUGAAAUUUGAAGACUCCAUUCUUAAUAAUCGUUGUCAUGGCAUCUAGACGGAGUGUUCGUUACAGCUCCCUUGCCGCUGAUGAUAACGAUCUUGAUUAUGAAGGAAGUCAAUAUGAUCCUCGCUUUUACUAUACCCCAAAAGCUUUUGACAAGAUCCCGUGGAAAUCCAUUGCUCUUGCUCUCUUCCUGUUGCUUCUUGGGUCAUUGCUUUUGUUUCUUUCGUACUUCGUAUUAACUGGUCACAUGGCUGGAGAGAAAUCACAAGCUUAUGGUCUUUUAGCAUUGGGCUUUCUAACCUUCCUCCCAGGCUUUUAUGAGACUAGGAUUGCGUAUUAUGCAUGGAGGGGCGCUAAUGGAUAUUGCUUCGCUUCCAUUCCCGAUUACUAGGGGUUUCUAUCUCAAUGGUGUAUGCUUAUCUCAUCUCUCUUUCAAUGUAAAACUAUCAUAUGAAGUUAGAAAAUUGUUUGUACAGAAUUAUGUCUAUUGAGUUUGCAGCGUAUUCAUCGUUUAUUCCUUUUUCUUAGCUUGUUUAGAUUUAGAAAAACGAUAAUCAUGUAGGUGUGAUUUGUUAACAAGACUUGUUGCUAAAACGCAUGAACUCUCAUGUCCAUGCAAAAACUUCAAAUGAAAUCAUUCUAUGACUACCGGAGUGGAACAAGGUUUAUGCA